AUGAAAUUAAGGAAAUUAUUUUUACUGCUGCUCAUUGCGAGCAUGAGCUUAUUAGUAACAGGCAAUUCGGGACCAGGUCCUGGUAUUUUUCCACGUAGGCGAUCGUCAAAUGAAAGCGUUAUGCAAUCGAGAGCUGUUGACACGCGCAUUCAAUUUGAGAUACUUGAGGGCGAGCCACGUGGAACUGUUGUUGGAUAUAUUCCAAUUACAAAGCCUGGAUUUACAUAUAGAUUUAAUGAGCCAUCGAGAGAAUUCUCACUCGACUCUGUUACUGGAGAGAUUAAGACUAAUACAGUUUUAGAUCGUGAAGUAGUCCAGAAUGAUCGUUAUGAUUUAGUCAUUCUAGCGGUCAAUAGCACACAGCCAACAUUCCCCAUUGAAGUUAGAAUCAUUGUGCUUGAUAUUAACGACAAUGCACCAGAAUUUCCUGAACCAAGCAUUGCUGUGUCACUGUCAGAAAGUUCCGCAUCCGGUACUCGACUUUUACUCGAUGCUGCCACAGAUAGAGAUAGUGGAACAAAUAAAGUAACAGAUGAUUAUCGCAUUGUCGAUGGAAAUCAUGAUGACAAAUUUCGAUUGGCUGUCACGACAAAUCCCAGUGGUGAUGUAUCGUAUUUACAUUUGGAGACGACUGGGAAGUUGGAUCGAGAGACACGUGGAUUUUAUGUUCUAAAUAUAUCGGCACGUGAUGGAGGCAGCCCACCAAAAAAUGGAUAUCUUCAAGUCAACGUCACGAUACUCGACGUUAAUGAUAAUCCACCAAUCUUUGACCACAGCGACUACAUCGUCUCACUCAACGAAAGUGUUCUACCUGGAACCCCAGUUCUCCAAGUCAUGGCAUCAGACAACGAUUUAGGUGACAAUGCAAAAAUAACUUAUUACUUAUCAGACACGGAAGCACAAUUUACAAUUGACCCCGAGACAGGUGUCAUUACAACAACUCAAAUCCUCUCAUGUCCACAACAAAAUUGUCCAAUUUUCACAAAACUCGGUGGCAGUUGUCCAAAAUCUUGCGUCUUUACAGUCUUUGCACGCGAUCAUGGCUCACCACGUCAAGAUGGUCGCACGUAUGUUACAGUGAAUUUAGUUGAUACAAAUGAUCAUGCUCCACAAAUUAGAUUUCAAUAUUUUCCACCAACGGCAAGUUAUGCGACUGUUGAUGAGAAUGCCAUAAAUGGAUCUGUCGUGGCUGCUGUAUCAGUUGAAGAUAUGGAUGAGGGAUUAAAUGGCGAGACGAACUUAAAAAUUAUUACCGGUAAUGAACUCAGCCAUUUUCGAUUAGACAAGACGCCAAGCUUUGAUAUUGUUCGUGUAAAUGGUGUUUUGGAUCGUGAAGAGAUUAGUAAAUAUAAUUUAACUGUUGUGGCAACUGAUAAAGGUACACCAGCGCGAACAGCAACAGCAUAUUUAAUUAUUCAUGUUAACGAUGUCAAUGACCAUGAACCUGUUUUUGAAAAAUCAGAAUAUUCAGCCAUAUUGAGUGAAUUGGCACCGCCUGGUACAUUUGUUGCAAGCAUCACAGCAUCCGAUGAAGAUACAGGUGUUAAUGCACAAAUCUAUUAUGAUUUCGUAUCGGGUAAUAAUAGACAAUGGUUUGCAAUCGACUCCAUAAGUGGUUUAAUAACAACAAAGGCACCGCUUGAUCGUGAAGUUCAAGGAACAAUUGAAUUGAGUAUAUCGGCACGAGAUGGUGGACCGAAUCCAAAAUGGGCAUAUACACAGCUAAAGGUCACAAUAUUGGAUGAGAAUGAUGAAAAGCCACAAUUUUCACAGCCACAUAUUAACAUUAGCUUGAGCGAGAAUACACAACCGCAUACAGUUGUAGCAAUGUUAACAGCAUCAGAUCAUGAUCAAGGAACUAACGGGAGUGUCUCGUACGUCUUACAUCCGAGUGUUGAGCAAAAUUAUCCCAAUAUGUUUGCACUAGACUCACUAACAGGCCAAUUAACAAUACGUAACAAAUUAGAUCGUGAAACCAUAACAGAGUAUGAGAUUCAAGUAAUUGCAAAAGAUCAAGGAAUUCCACAGCAAUCAUCAACCGCAACAGUAUUCUUGAAAGUUGAAGAUAUAAAUGAUAAUUCUCCGGAAUUCUAUCCAAAGCGUUACUUUGUUGUGCUUUCAGAUGAUACAGCCAUUGGAACGUCAAUUUUAAAAGUUCAAGCAACUGAUCGAGACGAUGGUGACAAUGCAUUAAUAUCUUACAAAUUAGAAAGUGGCGGUGAUGGUCUCUUUAUUGUUGACAAUUGGACAGGCAUGAUAAGUUUAAGGUCAAGUUUAAGAUCGUCACAAAAAUCAAUAUUUAAAUUAAUCAUAUCCGCAAAAGACCGUGGUGAUCGUCGGACAGAAAAAGAUGCAAUUGUUGAGAUCGUGAGAGAAUCGAAAUUAGAAGAAUUAGAAUUUGAUACGCCUGGCAAUUAUGAGUUUCAAAUUUAUGAAGACUUUGGACAUGAAAAUCCUAAAAUUGGUCGGGCUGUUGGAAAAACAAAAAUCUCAUCAACAUCAUCGCUCAUUGCUCCGGUUGAAUACGCAAUUGUUUAUGGUGAUCCGAAUGAGAAUUUUGUUAUUGAUGAGCAAACAGGUGUCAUUUCAACGGCUAAGGCAAUCGAUCGUGAAGAGUCAAUGAUGUAUUCAUUGACAAUUGUCGGAUAUGGGAAAACAAGAUCGGGUCUUGGAUAUGGCAAGACAAUGGUAAAUAUUUUAAUAUUAGACAUGAAUGACAAUGCGCCGAUAUUUACACGUGAUAAGGAUGAGAUUCAUAUACCUGAGAAUGCAGCUGUUGGACAAGAGAUUUUUCUGGCAAGAGCUCGCGACAAGGAUUAUGGAGUUAAUGCCAGAGUCACAUACAGUCUCACAUACAAUCCACAUGAGCAAUUUAGAAUCUCAGAAGCGACUGGUGUGCUUUACAUCAAUCGUCCUAUUCGUGUUGAGCCAGGUACUGUCAUGCAUCUUGAAAUUACAGCCAUUGAUGGUGGUGAGCCACGAUUAUCAUCCAAAAAUGUAGUUACAAUAACAAUUGAGGAUGUUAAUGACCACACAUGCGUCUUCGACCACACAUCUUAUGAAACAUCUUUAUUGGAAUCGACACCCGUAAAUUCUCGAUUUUUCGCUCUUUCUGCAUCAGACGCUGACCUCGGUGCCAAUGGACGUAUCUCAUAUAAAAUUAUUGAAGGAAAUUUGGAGAAUAAAUUUGGCAUCUUCCCCGACGGAUAUCUUUUCGUAAAAAGCAAUCUCGACCGUGAAGAUCGCGAUUAUUAUUCGCUGACGAUAAGCUGCAAUGAUGGUGGCAAUCCACCACGUAGUACGGAAGUACCAGUCGUAAUUCAUGUGAUUGACGAAAAUGAUAAUGCACCACAAUUUACCAACAGUUCAUUUACAUUCAACAUUGCUGAGAAUGAGCCCAUUGAUUCAUUUGUUGGAAAACUGACAGCAACAGAUCGUGACAUUGGACGAAAUGCAGAACUGAUAUUUAUGUUAUCGAAUGUUGAAAAUGAUUUCUCAGUUGAUCCACGUAAUGGCUUUAUAAAGACGAUGAGAAAAUUUGAUCGUGAAGCUCUCGUCCAAUCGACGGGACAGAAUUUCAUAUCACUUGAGGCAACUGUCACAGAUAAUGGUGCUUUAAGAUUGAAAGAUAAGGUUAAAGUAAAAAUUUUCAUAAAUGAUAUAAAUGAUCACGCACCGCAAUUUUUGCGAUCACCAUAUAAAGUUCAGGUAUCAGAAGGCUCAUCGAUUGGAUCGCAACUUAUUCGUGUCUAUACGUUUGAUGCUGAUGAAGGUCUUAACGGUGAUGUCUUUUACUACAUCUCGGAUGGUAAUGAAGGUGGUAAAUUUUCAAUUGACGAAUCAACUGGUCAAGUAACACUUGUUAAGUCGCUUGAUAGAGAAACGACAUCAUUUUAUAAGCUGACAGUUAUUGCACAUGACGCAGCAGUUGUUGGUCGUUUAAGUUCAUCAACAACAAUAUCAAUUGAGGUACUUGAUGAGAAUGAUUGUAGUCCGGAAUUUGUGCAAACGGAUACGAGUAUAUCUGUCAUUGAGACGACAACAAUUGGAACGGAAUUAAUAAGAUUUCGUGCGACUGAUAAUGAUUUGGGUAUUAAUAGUCAGUUGACAUAUUCAAUUGCCGCAGGAAAUCGACGUGACACAUUUCACAUUGAUCCUGUCACGGGUUCACUUUAUUUACACAAGUUAUUGGACUAUGAAGAUACACAAACGUACUCGUUAAAUAUUACAGCAUCAGACGGUGGCAAUCCAAGGCUGUCCACAACAAUAAUAUUUACAGUAACAACAAUAGACUUUAAUGACAAUGCGCCAAGCUUUCCUAAUACCGCAAUUGUGAGGCAAAUUCGUGAAGGAAUUCCAAUAAAUACACCGAUUAUUAUGAUCACGGCCGAAGAUCCUGAUAAUGGAUUAAAUGGCAAAGUAACAUACUCUAUACAGAGUCAAGAGCCAUCAUUUGGUCAGGGUCAUUUUAGAAUUAAUGCAACAUCGGGCGUCAUUUACACGCAACGUCAAAUUGAUCGUGAAACAAUCGAUACAUUCCGUUUAAUUGUUGUGGCUACGGAUCAAGCACUGAUACCAUCACAACGUCUGUCAGCUGAAAAAUUAGUGACCGUUAUCGUUGAGGAUAUAAAUGAUUGUGAACCAAUUUUCGUAUCAAUGAAUGCAGCUGUGUUGCCAUUAAGAGAUAUUCGCGUUGAACCAGGUCAUGAUGGCUUACCGAUUAUGAAUGUUUUCGCGCGCGAUGCCGACUCGAGUUCAAAUGGACUUGUUACAUACGAGAUGGUUAGUGGAAAUACAGAUUUAUUUAAGUUACAUCGUAGUACAGGUACGAUAUCGUUAAGAAAGACAAUACAUAAUCCCGAAGCGCGUUAUCAGUUGGCGGUAAAAGCAACUGAUGAAGCUGUUCAAAGUGAACGUAAAUCUAGUGAUGCAUAUAUUACGAUAAUAACAAGUAGUUCCGCAAGUGGCGGUCCAAUGUUUCAACAAAAAGAAUUAACUGGCACAGUUUUUGAAAAUGAACCGGCCGGAACGAGUAUCUUGACAGUGUCAGCUCAUUUACUCACCGCUUCCGGCAAUGAAAUUGAAUAUUAUGUGACAAAUGUAACCGGCAAUGGUAAACAAGUCGAUCGUCUCUUUGACAUCGACACAAAAUUGGGAAUUUUAUCGACGGCUGUUGAAUUGGAUCGCGAGAAUGGUGUCGAAACAUAUGAAAUUGAAGUAUAUGCCAUUGCCAUUGGUGGUGCACCAAAAACGUCAAACACAAAGUAUUUAAAAGGAGAUUUUAGAAAGCAACGAUUUUUUUUUGACAUGAAGCUUCUUUAUCGCAUGGUAUUUCGUGAAUUAUUAUCCAGAGGUGGGGAAUGGGAUGAUGUUGGAAGAAUUAAAGGAAUGUCUGGAGUUGAGAGAUUUGGAAUUUUUCAAUAG